UUUUUUUUUCAGUUUUGCAGGAACUUGCAAGAGCAGCGAUAAAAAAAAUUUCCUCCGAGCUGAGGCAGGCCCAUGCAGCCAGCAGCAACAGCCACGCGAGUGAAGUAGGGAGCACUUGUCAGGGAGAGAGCAGAAAGGUGUGUCGCUCACUCGCUGUCUGCCUUGCACCCCCUCUCUCGUACGCUCACUCUCACUUUGGAGCUGAACUGAUCUGGCCAGACACGCAUCUUAACGAUCUGGAGUGGGAUUUCAUCCUACGAUGGCUAACUGGGACCUGCAGGUGACUGUGGAAGAUCUGGGACCUGAAGCUCCCCCCGUCAGCAUCAGCGUAGCUGGAGAUCUUCACAUUGGGGGUGUUAUUCUCAGAAUUGUGGACAAAACACAAAUUCAAAAGAAUUGGUCAGACUAUGCACUGUGGUGGGAGCAGAAAAAGCAGUGGCUCCUCAAAACCAACUGGACACUGGACAAAUAUGGGAUACUUGCAGAUGCCAAGCUUUUCUUCACUCCACAGCACAAACCUAUUCGCCUGGUUUUGCCCAACAACUGUAACCUGAAAAUCAAUGCCAAUUUUGCUGGCCCAGUCUUGAGAACAGUGAUAGACAUGUGCAAAAUACUGAACAUUCGGCAUCCAGAAGAGCUCUCGCUUCUUAAACCUGUAGAAGAAAAAGAAAAGAAGCGCAAGAAAGAUAAAGAAGAAGGAGUUGAAGAGAUAUAUGAUCUUACUGGAGUGGUCUUAUCAGGAGGAGCACCCACUCUAUAUAAUGGCGUACCAGCCCACUUUGUUGACUCUCCAGAAAAAGAAGCCAUUUACAAAAUGCUGUCUGUCAGCCAGCCAGCUCCAUCACCUGAAACCAUGAGCAAAAUGUAUCGGCCAGGAAAUCUCAUUGAUAAGGCACAGAUCAACAGCAGGUGGCUGGACUCCUCACGAUCACUUAUGCAGCAAGGUAUUUUGGAGAAUGACAGACUUUUAAUGCGAUUCAAAUACUACAGUUUCUUCGACUUGGAGCCCAAGUAUGAUGUUGUCAGGAUCACUCAAAUGUAUGAACAGGCACGAUGGGCAAUUCUUCUGGAAGAAAUAGACUGUACAGAAGAAGAGAUGAUGUUGUUUGCUGCUCUGCAGUACCACAUCAACAAGCUGUCCCUGACCUCAGACCAUAAUCACAGGUCCGGCAAUGACCAGGCUUUGGAGGACCUUGACUCAGCACUGCAGUCUCUGGAGGUCAAGAUGGACAACAGCUUGAGUUCCACUGAGAUGUUGGAAAGCAUCACAUCCAUCCCAGAAUUAAAAGACUACCUGAAGAUUUUUAGACCAAAACGCCUGACCCUGAAAGGCUACAAGCAAUGCUGGUUCACUUUCAAGGAUACCUCCAUCUCGUACUUCAAAAGUAAGGAAGAGUCAAUGGGUGAACCCAUACAGCAAAUGAAUCUGAAAGGAUGUGAAGUGGCUCCAGAUGUUAAUAUCGCAGGACAGAAGUUUUGCAUCAAACUUUUGAUACCUGCUCCCGAUGGGAUGAAUGAGAUAUACUUGCGCUGUGAUGAUGAGAAGCAAUACUCACGAUGGAUGGCAGCUUGUCGUUUGGCUUCAAAAGGAAAAACAAUGGCUGACAGUUCUUAUCAGAGUGAAGUACAAAAUAUCCUGGCCUUCCUGACAAUGCAAAAGAAAAAUCCAGGCACACAGGUUGCCUCUGACGAGAACAUUAACACUCACAGCCUGGUGUCUCCACGCUACCAGAAGAAGUACAAGGCCAAACAGUUAACUCCUCGUAUCCUGGAGGCUCACCAAAAUGUUGCCCAGCUGACCCUUAUGGAUGCAAAGAUACGGUUCAUCCAGAUUUGGCAGUCCCUACCUGAUUUUGGAUUGUCUUACUUUGUGGUGAGGUUUAAAGGCUGCCGUAAAGAUGAAAUCCUCGGAAUCUCCAACAACAGACUGAUCAGGAUUGACCUAAGCAUUGGGGAUGUGGUUAAAACCUGGCGCUACAAUAAUAUGCGUCAGUGGAAUGUGAACUGGGAUAUCAGACAGGUGGCAAUUGAAUUUGAUGGAAAUGUGAACAUCGCAUUCAGCUGUGUGACUGCAGACUGCAAGAUUGUACACGAAUACAUCGGAGGGUACAUCUUCAUGUCAACCCGGAACAAAGAUCAGAAUGAUGUGUUGAAUGAGGAGCUGUUUCACAAACUUACAGGAGGGAAUGAAGCUCUGUAAUAUGGACAAAAUACACUGUCUUUCUUUAUUACAGAUGUAACCAUAAUGUAAUCAUCGCCUUCUACAACAUGAAAACAGUGAAAUAUCAAGAUUAUCUAUAGUAUGAGUCAAUGGAUAUGAUUUUUUUUUUUGUUCAAAGUUCUAUUUCUCCUCUUGCAUCUAAUAUUUAUGUUGAGAAGUACUAAUUUUCUGUACACAUGGUAAAAAGACUUUAACCUUAAAUAUUAACGAAAUAAAACAGUUUGGAAUUGG